ACUGCACCACAUAACUUGGACUCUCAGUUAUAUUCGGGUAGAAGUUUCCCGUUGACGUCCCGUUUCAUAAUGACGUUGGUGUGUGUGUGCAUGUACUUUCUAAUUCUUCCAAGCAUUGGCGAUUCUCAACCGAGCAGCAGUCCCAUCGGGGACGCCCAUGGGGUAUGCUCCCAGUGUCAGCACAGCAGCACGUGUGAAGCAGACUGUGGUGAUCCCAGGGGAUACAUCUGUAAAUGCCCGUUGUUUCUGACGGGAAUAACAUGUGAUCGGGCCUACAUCCGGGACUGUCAAGAUAUAUUUGACAUCGGAGUUACUCAAAGCGGUGUAUUUUACAUCCAACCAGACGAUGCCACGUCACCUUACCAAAUAUGGUGCGAAAUGGAUACCUCUAUUGGAGUUGACGGAGGUGGAUGGGCGGUGAUUCAAAGACGCUUUAAUGGGUCCGUCGAUUUCUUUCAGUCUUGGUUACUUUAUAAAGACGGCUUUGGAAAUAUCAGUGGUGAAUAUUGGCUUGGAAAUGAGAAAAUUCACGCACUUACAUCACUCAAGUCGUACAAACUUCGCAUUGACAUGACGACGUGGGACGACGUUGAUUACACAAUCACGUACGAUCACUUUUCUGUUGGAGAUGAAGUGUCUAAUUAUCGCAUUGCCAUCGGAGCUAAGGUGUCUGGCAACAUCAUAGACUCCUUAGGAUAUCACGAUGGAGUGCCGUUUAGUGCCAUGGAUGUUGAUAACGACAACAACAUAGGAGUGAACUGCGCCGAUUAUUGCCGUGGCGGAUGGUGGUACACUCAGUCAGGACUGCUGAAUUGUUUUCAAAGUAACUUAAACUCAGAAUACGAUGUCGGUGGACUGCGGUGUGAGGAUGAAGAAGGUAUUGUCUAUUACACGACAUCGCCGCCAUCGCCGCCAGAAUGGAUCUGUUUACGAAUCGUCACUUUAAAACUGAAACCAUAA